AAUGACAAUCAUUUGAAAGAAUCGAGUUCAAAUUCUGAAAGUAAUCAUGUGUAGUUAAUUUAACUAAUGUUUUUCAUAAUUUUACGAAUGUUAUGUUUAGAUGGAAAUUGGUCAAAUACGAGGUUCAGCGUUUUGUCACCGCCAUGGCCAUGGACAUGUUCGGAGAAAUUUUGGUAUCUCACUGUCUACAACACCAACGUUAUUCUCAACAAAAUCUGAAAAUCGCAUGUUUAUUUUAGGUAUGGGAUUUGUGGGUCAAACACUUGCGCGCAACCUCCAAAAUCAAGGAUGGGUUGUGUCUGGAACUUGCACUACCCAUGUGAAAAAGAAGAAGCUUGAGGAUUUGGGAUUUCAUGUUCACCUUUUUGACGCAAACCACCCUGAUUUGAGUAUCCUACAACGACUGAGAAAUUAUACUCACUUUCUUGUUUCUGUUCCCCCUGUUGUCGGCAUUGGCGACCCGAUGCUUAAGCAUGAAGAGCUUAUAAGAAGCUCGUUAGUCAAUAGCGGUCUUCAGUGGCUCUGUUACUUGUCUUCAACUAGUGUCUAUGGAGAUUGUGAUGGUGAAUUGGUAGACGAGGAUUAUCCCACAAAUCCGGAAAAUGAGCUGGCUAAACUAAGGUUAACUUCUGAAGAAGGCUGGUCGAAUUUGGCUCACCAUCUUGGGUGCUCGCCGCAAAUAUUUCGACUGGGAGGUAUCUAUGGCCCUGGUAGAAGUGCCGUCGAUACAGUAAUCAAGCGGAAGCCCUUGUCAGAAGGCCAGAAGGGGAGAAAAUACCGAAAAUAUACGUCUAGAGUUCAUGUCGAUGAUAUCUGUCAGGCACUUAUGGCUGCUAUAUAUGCACCUUCUUCCUCCAGUGUUGGGCAUGUCAUUUUCAGGGUAGUUUACAACAUUGUUGAUGAUAAUCCAGCUCCAAGGGAACAAGUUUUUGAAUAUGCAAGAAAAUUGGUGGAGAAAAAGUGGCCAGGCUUGAAGUUACAAUCUCUGGAGCAGAAAGACUGGUCAAUUAUAAAAACUAGAAAUCAAAGGGGAGAGAAGCGAGUGUGUAAUGCCCGUAUGAAAAAGGAACUUGGAGUGCAAUUACUUUACCCUGAUUACAGGUCAGGUUUGCAGAGUAUAAUCGACCAGAUCGAGAACCCUUUUCAUUGUUACUGAUCAUAUUUUGAUCAAGGUCGCUCCAUCCCUGCCAACUGAUUCAUUUCCAUGUCCAUUAUAAAUUUAUAAUGAUUCAUAUCACAUGUUUCAGUCACAUAUUUGACAAAUGCCAAUGUAAUAAUUUAUGUUGAACAUGGAACACGUCGUUAUAGUCCAUCCUUUUUCAUUCGAGUAAGUCUAUGGUUAUAUAGACACAAUUCAUGUGAUAAGGAGACGAUAUGUUUUUAUAGAAAAA